AUGGCGGCACCCUCCAGUCCCAGGGGGAGUCGGGCAGGAAGUCUAGGGCUGGGAUGUGGGCACGGAGCACUGAGCGCUCUGCCCCCCAACAUUGGAGCUCCUUUUUGUCUGACUUCAGUCCCUCCGGUCUCCUCCGCCACCGCCCUCCGGCCACUACCUGGUCAGGAAGAGGAGAUCCCCGAGCUGGAGAUUGAUGUGGAUGAACUCCUGGACAUGGAGAGUGAUGACACCCGGGCUGCCAGGGUCAAGGAGCUGCUGGUUGACUGUUACAAACCCACUGAGGCCUUCAUCUCUGGCCUGCUGGACAAGAUCCGGGGCAUGCAGAAGCUGAGCACACCCCAGAAGAAGUAAGGGUCCUCAACCCAGGUGAACGGUGGCUCCCACAGGACAAUCGCUGCCCCCUGACCUCGUAGCAACAGCAAUACCAAGGGGCCCUGCGGCCAGGCCUGGUGCCAUGAGCAGGGCUCCCUGUGCCCCUCACUUAGGGGCCUCUUCCCUGCCCCUUGUUUUCCAUUUUGGGGUUUUUUUAUUAUUAUUAAACUGAUGGGACUUUU